AUGUAACUUGGAAAUCCAUAUGCUCACGCACACUGAUGAGAAAGCAGAUAAGUGCAGAAUGUGUGGGCUUAACUUAGUACAUGAUGGUUGUCUGGAUCAGCACGGACUCACAAACAUUGCAAAAAAGACAUAUAAAUGUAAAAUCUGUUUAAUUGUAUUUAAACAGAAAGCCACUCUGAAUUGUCAUAUGCUCAAACAUGUUGGUGAGAAGUCAUAUAAAUGCAAUCUUUGUGGAGAUAAAUUCACAAAUAUUUCUAGCCUGAAUCAACACAAAUGCAUAUAUACUGUGGAUAAGCCACACGAAUGCGAAAUUUGUGGAAGUAAAUUUGCACAUACUGCCCUUCUGAAUCAACAUAAGCACGUACGUCAUGAUACGAAGCAAUAUAAAUGCAAAAUUUGUGGGAGUGAAUUCGCAUUUAGUUCCGCCCUUCAUGAGCACAUCAACGAGCAUAUUGCCCAGGAAACAUAUCAAUGUCAAAUUUGUGGAAUAAGCAUAUUAUUAAGAAGUUGUAUGAAUGCAAUAGUUGUGGAAAUGAAUUCACAACUAAUUUUGCCCUUAAUCGUCAUAUGCGCACACAUACUGAUAAAAAGCCAUAUUAAUGUCAAUAUUGUAGACGCAAAUUCGCAUAUAGUUCUGGCUUCGACCGCUACAUCAGUAAGCGCAUGGCUGAGAAGCCGUUUUACACACAUUACCUGAGA